AUGAUCCAUGUUACUCCAUCAUCAUCAUCAUCACCAACCACCAAGUCUUUCAACUUUUUUGUUAAAGAUCCCAAGGUUAGAAUCUAUCAAGCAGAGAUGGUAGCAGAAGGAAAUUCUCAUCUGCCCAAUAACAGCCAUCCUCACUCAUCAUACACUGUGAGUGGUAGCCUGAAUUGUUCCAACAACAACAAUAAUUCUUCAUCCGAUGACAGUGUAUGCAGUCAGGAUCAAGAAGAAGAAGAAGGUGUUGUAGUUGUUACAUCGACUUCACUUGGAAAGAAUAGUACCCAAGUACAGACAAGACAAGUGGGAGAACAUCAUCUCUCUCAUUGGUUUUUCAAAAAGAAUCCAUUGAAAGAGAACAAUAAGAAGAAGAAAAUUUCGAACACUGGCUCGAAAGGAAUUUCAAAACCAAAACACAAAACAGGUCCAACUGUCAGUACGAAAUUACACGAGGUUGCAAGGAUGUCGACUCAAAGUACCACGAGAGAGUCUCAGACUGCAUUGUGUCAAAUGACAGCAUCCAUACACGCUGCUUCUUGUCAACACCAAGGUGUUGUUGCACCUAAUGCGCAUGUGGAUGUUGCAACACAACAACAGCACACCUUUAUGAACCCUAUGAAUAGGACACCAGAAGUGAAAACUCGUUUUUAUUAUGAUGAUCACCAACAUGUAGCGAUCAGGAGUGAGGAGGUUUCAACUAGGCAUGUGCUUCAACCAUCGUACUCGACACAACAGGUGGCUGUUGGACAUAGAUGUUUCCAGCGUGACUCCAUAUUUCAACCUCGUCGUCAUUCUCCACCAGUGUCACCUUCGAAUGCUUCCUUAAGGUUGACCUCAAAUCAACUUCCGUACAACAGUGGAGUGAGUGGGCGAAGUGAUUUUCCUUCCAUUCCAUUCAGUGAUCAAUCACCUGCAUCGAGCCCUUCUUCAUCUCUGGGCGAGUACGGAUCUGUCUCUAAUACGAUCGUUCAACUGCAACAACAUGUUGCUAGGGGAGGACAGUCAGCAUCAAGUCUGUUGUUGAAAGAGUGUUGUGAAGAGCAUCCCCCUUCACAUUAUCAACACGCGCCAUCGUAUGAAAGAUUGAACAACCAUACGGAUUCAAUGUCAGUCAUGAGAGAAAAGUUACCUCCUUUGCAUGUGAUGCUGUCAGAGCCUCCCAAAGCGUAUCCUUUGCCUUCAUUGACGAGUUUGUUGAAUGACAAACCAAACUGGCAUUGA